AUGGGGCCUCAUUCCGGACACUUGGCUCGUUUUGGGGAGAAUCCGAUGGAUGAAGGUUUCGAAGGAAACCAAGUACUGUCGACAGUUGGUAAUACCUCGAAACCAAGUGUACGGUUGAAGACUGGAGGUUGGCUGGCCUUAGCUUUGGCCUUUCUGAACAGUAGGCAAGUGGAAGCACAGCACACUGACUGGGAACUGGAGGGUAAUUUGGGAAAGCAAAGACAGACACACACAGCAGCAGCAACCAAGCAACCAAAGUCUUCAGCUUGGUUUGGCUUUUGGGUGACUCGUAAUUCAAUGGAGGCAUCAGAGAAUUGCUGUGUCAAGGUAGCCCUUCACAUUAGACCGCUUAUUGAUGAUGAACGCCUUCAGGGUUGUAAGGAAUGUGUUACUGUCACACCCGGAAAGCCUCAGAUAAAAAUUGGCCCACAUUCUUUUACAUUUGAUCAUGUCUAUGGAAGUGGUGGAGCUCCAUCACCUGCCAUAUUUGAAGAUUGCAUUUCUCCACUUAUUCAUGGUUUAUUCCAAGGAUACAAUGCUACUGUACUAGCUUACGGUCAGACAGGAUCUGGAAAGACAUAUACCAUGGGAACUGGCUCUGGAGAUGGCUGCCAGACAGGGCUGAUUCCUCAAGUUAUGAAUGCAUUGUUCAACAAGAUUGAAAUAUUGAAGGAUCAAACAGAAUUCCAAAUACAAGUUUCCUAUAUUGAGAUUCUGAACGAAGAAGUGUGUGACUUGUUGGAUUCUCUAUCUAUGAAAAUGGAGACUACAAAUGGACAUGCCACAAAAGUUGGAAGGCAUCCGAUACAAAUUCGUGAAAAAUCAAAUGGAGCUAUAACACUAGCAGGAUUAACUGAAGUUGCUGUAAAUUCGUUACAAGAAAUGGCCACUUGCCUGGAUCAAGGAUCAUUAAACAGAGCAACGGGGAGUACAAACAUGAACAACCAAUCUAGUCGAUCACAUGCCAUCUUCACAAUCACAUUAGAACAGAUGCGAAAAAUCCAUUCAGCUUUUCCCGGGAAUGACACUCCAGAUGAGGAUAUGGGUGAAGAGUAUUUUUGCGCAAAGCUCCAUUUGGUAGAUCUUGCUGGAUCCGAACGAGCAAAGAGAACAGGUUCCGAUGGUCUUCGGUUAAAAGAAGGUAUACAUAUUAACAAGGGACUUCUUGCACUUGGUAAUGUCAUCAGUGCAUUGGGGGAUGAGAAAAAGCGAAAAGAGGGUGUGCACGUCCCUUACCGAGACAGUAAACUGACUCGACUUUUGCAGGACUCACUUGGUGGAAACAGCAAAACUGUAAUGAUAGCUUGCAUCAGUCCUGCUGAUAUCAAUGCCGAGGAAAGUCUUAACACUCUGAAAUAUGCAAAUCGUGCUCGUAAUAUCCAGAACAAGCCUAUUGUUAAUAGAGAUGUGAUAUCCAAUGAGAUGCAAAAGAUGCAAGAGCAGCUAAAAUUAUUGCAGGCAGAGCUUUGCGCUCGUGGUGGAGCUCCAUCAGAUGAAGUGCUGGUUCUUAAGGAAAGGAUUGCUUGGCUUGAGGCUACCAAUGAGAAUCUUUGUCGAGAACUUCAUGGAUACCGCAGCAAAUGCGCUGUUGUGCAUCAGUGUGAAACAGAUGUGCAAGAAGGCCCUGUUUGUUUCCCAAAAAGUGAUGGGCUUAAGAGGGGCUUCCAGAGUAUGGACUCAUCUGAUUAUCAGAUGGGAGAAAUUACAUCAGGCGAAAAUUCUAAGGAAAUCGAUGAAGUAAAAAAAGAGUGGGAGCAUCAACUUUUGCAGAACACUAUGGAUAUAGAGUUGAAUGAGUUGAACAAACGCUUGGAGCAAAAAGAGUCUGAAAUGAGACUUUUUGGAGGGAUUGACACUGAAGCACUGAAGCAGCACUUUGGAAAGAAAGUUUUGGAACUCGAAGAAGAGAAAAGAAUUGUGCAGCAAGAGAGGGACCGCUUAUUGGCUGAAGUUGAGAGCCUUGCUACUAACUCUGACAUACAAGGACAAAAAAUGCAAGAUGUGCAUGCGCAAAAAUUAAAGUUUCUCGAAACACAGAUUUUAGAUCUUAAGAAGAAACAAGAAAACCAGGUCCACCUUUUAAAGGCAAAACAAAAAAGUGAGGAAGCAGCAAAGCGGCUGCAAGCUGAAAUACAAUAUAUCAAAGCUCAGAAGGUUCAGUUGCAGCAUAAAAUAAAGCAAGAGGCAGAACAAUUUCGACAAUGGAAGGCUUCUCGUGAAAAGGAAUUGCUACAGCUAAGGAAGGAAGGGAGGAGAAAUGAGUAUGAACGGCACAAGCUUGAAGCUCUGAAUCAGCGCCAGAAAACGGUUCUUCAAAGAAAGACAGAAGUGGCAGCAACUGCUACCAAGCGGCUUAAGGAGUUGUUAGAAGCUCGCAAAUCUGCUGUACGUGACAACUCAGUUAACCCCAACAGGCAUACUUCAGCUAGCCAGAGCAAUGAAAGAUCUUUACAACGGUGGCUUGAUCAUGAGCUCGAAGUCAUGGUGCAUAUGUAUGAAGUUCGUUUCGAAUAUGAGAAGCAAAAGCAAGUGCGAGCCGCACUGGAAAAAGAGUUGGCCUUACUUAAACAAGCAGAUCAGCUUUCUUCUGAAGGGCAGAGUACCCAAAGAGGAAAGAGUGGAUAUUCCAGAGUGUUAUCCAUGUCACUGGAUGCAAGAAUGGCAAGAAUAGCUUCACUUGAGAACAUGCUUGGCAUGUCUUCAAACGUUCUCGUGGUGAUGGCUUCACAACUGUCAGAGGCAGAAGAAAGGGAGCGGAGCUUAAGUGGUCGUGGGCGUUGGAAUCAGUUGCGUUCAAUGGGUGAUGCUAAGAACUUGCUUCAAUAUAUAUUUAAUGCUGCUGCAGAAGCAAGGUGCCAGUUGUGGGAGAAGAAUAUGGAAAUUAAGGACAUGCAAGAUCAACUGAAUGAGCUUGUAACUCUACUGCGAAAAAGUGAAGCACAGAGAAAAGAGCUCGUGAAGGAACAAAAAGUGACAGAACAAGCUGUUGCUGUUGCCUCAAGUACAUCCGCUUUGGGGAAUUCACGCACUUCAUUAAAGCACUGUGUCGAUGAUAUGAGUGGUCGUUUAUCUCCAAGGUCGCUUCCGGCACCAAAGCAGCUCAAAUUCACACCUGGAAUAGUUAGUGGGUCUAUUCAAGAGUCGGCAACAUUUCUUAACCAGACACGAAAGAUGGUACCAAUUGGGCAAUUGUCUAUGAAGAAACUAGUAACUGUGGGUCAAGGAGGGAAACUUUGGAGGUGGAAGAGAAGCCAUCAUCAGUGGCUGCUACAGUUUAAAUGGAAGUGGCAGAAGCCUUGGAGACUCUCAGAAUGGAUCAAGCACAGUGAUGAGACAAUAAUUAGAUCGAGGCCUCGCCCACAAGCUCAGAUAGAUAUUAUGUGA